AUGGCCUACGAGCCGGAGGACCCGUACUAUGAGACGGUCGUUGAUGAGCAUGGUCGCACGAAGCGGACGAAGCGAGACGUGCCCCCCGGCCUCAGCAAGCGUGAUGCCAAGGCGCUCCGCAAGAUCCGCCGUCGCGCGCACUACCUCGACAAGGGAAUCAACCUCUGUGGUUUCCGCGUAGGAUGGACCUUCUUCAUUGUCAAACCCGCGCGCAAGCUCGACAUCCCCGACAGCCUCGUGACGCACAUGCUGUUCAACAACGCCGUUUCGGCGGGAGUAGGCCUCGUCCCGCUUGUCGGAGAUGUUGCUCUUGCCGUUUGGAAGGCGAACUGGCGCAACGCGGCGCUGCUGGAGGAGUUCCUCGUGAAGCGCGGCGCCCAGAACCUGGCCGACUCGCUGUCCAACGAUCCGGCUCACGGUCACCAGGUCGCCCACGCCGCGCUUGCGCCGAGCGCACACGCCACUCCCGCCUCGAGCAACCCCCAACUUGCCUCUGAUGUGCUCGCGACUGGCGGACACCCGGCGCACAUGCACGAGCAGACGCCGCUGAACCAGCCCGCCCAGCCCGCGCCGGCUGCGAAGAAGGGAUGGUUCGGCCGCCGCUAG